CGCAAACGACGCAAACGGAACAGCCUUUGGAAUUGUGUAUGACAAAAAAGAUAUAUUAUCAUUAUGAAAUUACACUUUUAGCCCUCAAAUUAACAACAACAUGAUAGAAGAUCAAAAAAGGACUAUUUGUGGAAAGGUACCCAUAAAAGAAGGACUACUUGAGUAAUAUUUGAUAAUAGAAGAAUAAAUAGAGAAACCAGCCUGUACCCUAAUAGAAAAAUUAUAGAAAUUAGGACCGGUCAUUUUGAAAGAGCCCGAAUGAUUCUUCUUCCAUGAGUUCCAUCUCUACAUCCCUGUUUCACUUUUUAGAUCUCAAAGUCGAGCAUUGUUAAUGACGUCCGAGGAGCAAUUGAUGCGCGCCGGCGGUGUAGGGACGAUGUACGUGCAGAUGCACUCAGAGUCUUCAACGUUGCCGUCGAUGUCGUCAUCGUUGCUGACGCCUCAGCAACAGCAGCAGAGAUCCGAGGCGGCUCAUAUUUUUGAUGAGUUGCCUAAGGCUACCAUCGUCCAGGUGUCUCGUCCCGACGUUGCCGAUAUCAGCCCCAUGCUUCUUACUUAUACGAUUGAGUUUAAAUACAAACAGUUCAAAUGGCGACUAGUCAAGAAGGCAUCACAAGUAUUUUAUUUACAUUUCACAUUAAAGAGGCGGCUAUUUAUUGAGGAAAUUCAUGAGAAGCAGGAACAGGUUAAAGAAUGGCUUCAAAAUUUAGGAAUUGGGGAAAUCAUACCUCUUAUGCAAGAUGAUGAUGACCCGGAUGACGAGACUCUUCCAAUGCGUGUAGAUGAAAGUGCAAAAAAUAGAGAUGUUCCAUCUAGUGCUGCUCUUCCAAUAAUCCGCCCCACACUUUUAAGGCAACAUUCUAUGUCAGACAGAGCGAAAGUAGCAAUGCAGGGUUACUUAAAUCACUUUCUUGGGAACAUAGAUAUUGUAAAUUCACAUGAGGUUUGCAAGUUUUUGGAGGUUUCAAGUUUGUCCUUCUCUUCAGAGUAUGGUCCUAAGCUCAAGGAAGAUUACAUUAUGGUUAAACAUUUACCCAAGAUACAGAGCGGUGAUGAUCAUGCAAAAUGUUGUUCAUGUAAUUGGUUCAGCUGCUGUAAAGACAACUGGCAGAAGGUAUGGGCUGUAUUGAAGCCAGGAUUCUUGGCCUUCCUUAAGGAUCCAUUUGACACUCAGCCUUUAGAUAUAGUUGUUUUUGAUGUGUUGCCUGCCUCAGAUGGGAGAUUAUCAUUGGCUAAAGAAGUAAAGGACGGCAAUCCAUUGCGCCAUUAUUUUAGGGUGUCUUGUGGGACACGCAGCAUCAAGUUAAGAGCAAAGAGCAGUGCUAAAGUUAAAGAUUGGGUUGCUGCAAUAAAUGAAGUUGGACAUAGACCUCUUGAGGGUUGGUGUCAUCCUCACCGCUUUGGGUCUUUUGCUCCUCAACGAGGCUUAUUGGAAGAUGGCAGCCAGGCACAGUGGUUUGUUGAUGGUCGGGCUGCAUUUGAGGCCAUUCUUCUAGCAAUAGAGGAAGCAAAAUCAGAGAUAUUCAUUUGUGGCUGGUGGCUUUGCCCAGAGAUGUACAUGCGGCGCCCCUUUGAUACCCAUUCUUCCUCCCGGAUUGAUUAUUUAUUGGGAGCGAAGGCGAAACAAGGUGUUCAGAUUUAUAUCCUGCUAUACAAGGAGGUUGCUCUUGCUUUAAAGAUCAACAGUGUUUAUAGCAAGCGAAAGUUGUUAGAAAUCCAUGAAAAUGUUAGAGUACUGCGCUAUCCUGACCAUUUUUCAAGUGGUGUUUAUUUAUGGUCUCAUCAUGAAAAAAUUGUCAUUGUUGACCAUCAAAUUUGUUUUAUUGGGGGCCUAGAUCUUUGCUUUGGUCGUUAUGAUUCAUUUGAACAUGAAGUUAGUGAUUGUCCUCCUCUUAUUUGGCCCGGGAAGGACUACUAUAAUCCAAGGGAAUCUGAACCAAACACGUGGGAGGAUACCAUGACAGAUGAGUUGGACCGGAGAAAAUAUCCGCGCAUGCCAUGGCAUGAUGUCCAUUGUGCUUUGUGGGGACCACCGUGCCGUGAUGUGGCUCGGCAUUUUGUGCAGCGCUGGAACUAUGCCAAGAGGAGCAAAGCUCCAAAUGAGCAAGCGAUUCCACUACUAAUGCCUCGGCAUCACAUGGUUAUUCCCCAUUACAUGGGAGUCAGCACCGAGACCCACACUGGAUAUAGAGAAGUUAUUGGCAAUAUCAAAAAACAAGAUUCAUUUUCCUCUCAAUCGUCUUGCCAAGACAUUCCUUUGCUCAUGCCUCAAGAAGCUGACGAUAUGGAUAUAAGGGGUGAACCAAAGUCAUGUGGGUUCAGCCCUGGGUAUGAAUUCCAUGACCAACCAAGUGGGACAGCUAGCAUUCUUUUUCCUUCACGGAAGGCAAAAUUAGAACCUUUUUCGCCAGGCAUGCCAAUGCAAGGAUUUGUGGAUGAUGUCAAUACCAUGGAUCAUCAGAGAAGGUUGUCUUCCAGUUUGAUGCAUCCUGGAACUACAACUUCAGAUAAGGAAUGGUGUGAAAUACCGGAGUGCAGUAGUCAAGUUUUUCAGUCAGGUGAAACUGGGCAAGUUGGUCCCCGUGCUCGAUGUCGAUGUCAGAUUAUAAGGAGUGUUAGUCAAUGGUCAGCUGGAACAAGCCAAAAUGAAGAAAGCAUACACAAUGCAUACUGUGCUCUUAUCGAGAAGGCAGAACACUUUAUUUACAUUGAGAAUCAAUUUUUCAUCUCAGGUCUAGUGGGAGAUGAGAUUAUAAAGAAUCGUGUAUUAGAAUCAUUGUGUGAGAGAAUCACGCGAGCUUACAAUGAGAAUAAGUGCUUCAGGGUCAUUAUUGUCAUACCACUUCUGCCUGGAUUUCAGGGUGGUUUGGAUGAUAGUGGUGCGGCAUCUAUACGAGCUAUCAUGCAUUGGCAAUAUCGGACAAUAUGCCGGGGAAAUAUGUCAAUUUUGCAUAAUCUGAGUGAUCUUAUUGGUCCUAGAGUGCACGAAUAUAUAUCUUUUUAUGGUCUCAGAUCCUAUGGUAGACUGUUUGAUGGAGGUCCUGUGGCUUCAAGCCAGGUUUAUGUGCAUAGCAAAAUCAUGAUAGUUGAUGACUGCACAGCCUUGAUCGGAUCAGCAAAUAUUAAUGACCGGAGCUUGCUCGGCUCCAGAGACUCUGAGAUCGGUGUAAUUAUCGAGGAUGAAGAGUUUGUUGAUUCAUACAUGGGAGGCAAACCACGCAAGGCCGGGAGAUUUGCAUCUAGCCUUCGACUCUCGCUAUGGUCUGAGCAUCUUGGUCUUCUACCUGGAGAGAUUGGUCAAAUUACUGAUCCAGUGAUUGAUUCUACAUACAAGGAUAUAUGGAUGUCAAUUGCAAAGACCAACACCAUGAUUUUCCAAGACGUUUUUUCUUGUGUUCCAAAUGAUCUUAUAGAUUCGAGGGCUUCUCUUCGUCAGUGCCUGGCUUACUGGAAAGAGAAGAUCGGUCACACUACGAUCGAUUUAGGAAUAUCUCCAUAUAAGCUAGAGUCUUAUCAAGAUGGAGAUAUCAAAGAAACAGAUCCAAUGGAGAGGUUAGAGAUGGUAAGGGGUCAUCUCGUUUCUUUCCCACUCGAUUUUAUGUGCAAAGAAGAUCUAAGACCCAUGUUUAGUGAAAGCGAGUACUACGCUUCACCUCAAGUCUUUCACUAGACAUGGUUGGCUUUGGUUGUACAGAGGAAGAAUCCAUACAUAUAUUUUGCAAUAUAUAAGUUUUCAAGCUAUCCAAAGCUAUGCUGGGAAUCUGCAGCCAGCCUUGUAGAGUAGUAGAAAUAAAUAAAAUUAUAGGAACAGAGCAUCCAGCCUUGUGGGGUUGCAGGGUAGCACGUUGACCAUUUAUUUCAAUCCCAGAUCCGUUCCUUUACUAGAUUCUUCAGGUGCAGAUUUGUGGUAAACCAAUGCGACAUGCCCGAAACAAAUGGACACUUACCACUGGGUUACUGAUGAUGUUUAAGGUGCUCUAAAAAAUUUCCUCUCGUGGGACAAACAUCGAUAUGUGUUGAAGACUGGUAUAUUUCAGUGGUUAUUUCCAGGUAUAAUUAUAUUUUUUAACCUCACAUGCUCAUUUAGUAAAAACAGUGGUUUAUAUGUACAAAGUUUUUAAUAUUAGCGUUAACAUUUUUUUCUUUUAUUCAUAUAUAUUUAUAUGUAUUAUUGUAAAUUUCAUUACUUCCUCCGUUCCAUAAAAAAAUAGACACUUUACU